UGUCAAGUGACUUCUAUUCAUGUAUUGCACAAUACUUAGACCAUAGGGCGGUAGAAAUCCAAAUGCUUCAAGUUAGUGGGUGACUUAGAUCUAGCUGAGAUAUAAGGAAAAAACUUGUUGCUCCGUUCUCUCGUUCCCUGGGAUCUACCGCUUGUUUGACUACAGUAAAACAUGUCAACUACAGUGAUUCUUCAGCAGCCGACAGCUGGAUCCGGUAAUCCGUUAAUGGUGACGGGUGUUCACGGACACCGGAACUGGAGCACCGGACUCUUCGAUUGUUUCUCGGACAUUAAGUCAUGUUUGUUAGGAUUCUUUUGCCUGCCUUGUACUGUCUGUACCGUGGCCUCUAGGACCGGGGAGUGUUGCUGUAUGCCUUACUGUGUGUCCGGAGGGACAGUGCUGAUGAGGAGCAGAAUUAGAACUAUGGGAGGCAUUCAGGGCUCGGCUUGUAAAGAUUGUUUGGUGAUGUCCGUCUUUGGCGUAUGCGGAGUGUGCCAAAUGCAGAGGGAACUUGACAACAUGGGAGUUCCAUAAGGACACUACUUUCUUAGAACCAACUGUUUACCCGAUAUUUCCCGGAAUGGGUGCUUUCUUAUCUGUAUUCUUAUCUCUGCCAUUGUAUUACGAGCGUGAUACACCGUGCAAUGUCUCUUUAUAUGCGUACCUGCCAAAGAACUUGAUUAUUUGGCGAUACAAUCGGAUACAUGCAAGAAUGGGACAUUGAUCAGAGACUAUUAUGUAUAAUGCUAAGGCUCUCAUGAUAUAUACAUGUAUCUUUAAUUAUAUAUAUAUAUAUAUAUAUAUAUAUAUAUCAUGAUAGAUAUCUAUCUCUCGCUUGUUGUUAAGGAUUUCAUUUUCUCACAUUAUCACCAGUGUGAGAUCGACUUUACCCAUGUGAGACAGCCAUGUGAGAUUUUUCUGUCUCACACUGCUGCGACGUCAUUUGAUUGUGACGUCAUAUAUUUUCUAUGAUUUACAUUACACGGUGAAGAUUUACGUUACACAGUGAAGUAAAAAUAUUUUGGAUUGUUAUCUUUAAAUUUUAAUGUAGUAUAGCUUUCUGGUAGACAACCUUGGGUUUUUUAGUUUACACUUACAGUGUAAACCAUUUUCGGGUAUGCUCUUUCUGCCUAUCUAAUUAGUUUUUGCAUCGAAGUUCAAAUGACGAUUUUGAUAAUCUAAAAUUUUCUGAAAGCUCCUAAUUUUAUGCACUAAACUGUAGUUAAAAUGUGAGAAAAAUAAUCCUUCAUUAUUUACUCGUGUGGGAUAGGGAAAUUCCACCUCUGGAACAAGAUUCGCUGUCUAGGACUCGGCAAAGCCUCGUCCAAGACUGCGAAUCUUGUCCCCUCGGUGGAAUUUCCCUAUCUCACACUCGUACUAAUGAAGGAUUCUAUUAAUCCCAUCUUCAAAUCAUAAUUAUUUUACUAUUGUGUAAGUGGUGAAUAAACAUUAUUUUAACAG